UUAAUUGCUUUUUGGUUUGUUUUUAUUCUAACGUUACACAAAAUCUUUUGUUCUUAGGUCCUUGGCGUGAACCUUGUUCUGAUGGAUUUCAUGUACAUCAUUUUUGUUCCAUUCGCCUGUGCUUUUGAUCCCUAUUCAUUUACGAGAAAUACGACAGAACUGAAGUUUACCUACAACAAUUCCAUCAACGUGACAGGAAACAUAUUCGAGAUGUUCGUCUUGAUCGGUUGCCCCUUGCUCUUGACCUGCAUGUGUAUCGAGCGCUACCUGGCUGUGGUCCAACCUGUGCUGUACCUAAAAAUGCGAAAGAGGGAGUACUACAUGGGGGUCUCCAGUGUGGUGUGGAUUAUCACAUUUGUGUUCUGCCUAGCUUCGGGUAUUAUCAACGACUUGUCCGUCAUGCUACCGCCGGUGUGCAUUGUUGUUUGCUGCCUGUUCUUCAUCAUGUUUGCCAGCCUCAUGGGUGUGGUCCUGUCACUUCGUCAACAAAGCCCGGCAUGCACAAGUGGCAACAAAACCAUCUCACCCCUCAAGAGACAAGCGGUGGGGAACGUGCUAAAUGUAGCGAUCCCCGCGGUGUUUGUCUACACGCCCGUUUGCGUCAUGGUCCCUUGUCUUUUUUUGACCACCUACGGUCCCCUGAAAUUAAACCAAAUGCUGUGCUACGCUUUUCAGUUGUGUCAGAUGUUUCCGAAGUACGGCGUGCUCAUUGGGCCUUCGUUUUACCUCGCCAAGUACAAACAAAUCUUUUGUGGGACGGCAAAAACUAGUAGAGCACAGAGAAGUCGAUCAUGAGCAGCUUUUGGGUUUACAUUUUGGGAAUACCGUAUUUUCCGCACUAUAAACCGCACCUAAAAAAACUCCAAUUUUCUCAAAAGCCGACAGUGCGCCUUAUAAUCUGGUGCGCCUUAUUCAUGGACCAAUAUUGAGCCACUACAGCAGGCGUGUCCAAAGUCCGGCCCGCCAAAUGUAUAUAUCUUAUAUAUGGACAAAGUUUUAUUCAUUGAAGGUGCGCAUUAUAAUCCGGUGCGCCUUAUAUGUGGACAAAAUUUUAAAAUGGGCCAUUCAUUGAAGGUGCGCCUUAUAAUCCGGUGCGCCUUAUAGUGCGGAAAAUGCGGUAGUUGAAUAUGUGGCAGAGAUUCAAGAAGAAAAUAAAAUACACAUUUUAUAUGGGAUCCAGUUUUGAUGACAUUGAAAGCUCCAUGAAAUCAAUAAAGUUUUCCUCAUUUAAAAAA